UUUCCCUCUGUUCACCAUUGAUUGAUAUCUUCCCCAACUUCGUUCCAACUGUCUCGCGAUCGGGCAACCACCAUCCGGACUAAAACAACAAGGGUAUUUCCACCUCCUCGUUUGAAAUCGCCGCUGUCUCCUCCGAAUUGCCAAAGGAUACUACAGGCCCUGGAUCCUACGACACGGCUGUGGCGCAUAUCACACUCGUAGCGUAGUGUAGUGUCGAUCCGCAAAGCCGGGGGGAAAAAGAGGGAAGAAAAAAAAAACACAUCGGACCACUAUCGCUUGCAGCGGGGAGCUGGCAGAGCUUGUGACGGAUCGACACCGGGCGAUAUCACUGCACUUUCACUGAAUCUCUUCCUUAUUGCCCAGUAUUCUCCGAGCGUCCUUCCUCUUCUGUCUGCAGCGGCAAGAUUCAACGAGGGAAAGCGCGCCAAGCCCAGUCUCACAUCCAACAGCAUCUUCUUGGCCCAAACACAGCCUCAGCUUCCAACCCGUCAGCUUUUUCUUUGAUAAAAACAACCCACCCACCCCAGACAGAGUAUCUCGCAGAUCAUCCGCAGCCGACCCUGGUGUAAACUUUCGAAAAUAAUGUCGAUAGCCCCCCGAACGGCACAACAUUUUCGUGGUGCCUCCUCCCGUUCCAAUGGCUUGCUAGCAGCACGCUCGCUGACGGUCGGCCUUUCUCGCGCCCUGUUUAUGGGCAUUUCCACCGUCACGGCUGCACCGAUACAUCUAGGCAUUCUCGAACAUGGAGCUUCCGAGGAGCCAGAAGAGGGCGGCGCCAGCCUUUGGGUCCUCUAUCUGGUCUCAGCUGUUUUGGUCCUCGUUGGAGGAGCCUUUGCCGGCUUGACGAUAGCUCUGAUGGGCCAAGAUGGCAUCUAUCUUCAAGUACUCGCGAGAGACCGGACCGAACCACAACAAAAGAACGCGAAGCGAGUGUACGAUCUACUACAGCGUGGCAAACAUUGGGUUCUAGUCACCCUGCUAUUGUCCAAUGUCAUUGUCAACGAAACACUUCCCGUUGUUUUGGACCGUUGCCUCGGCGGUGGCGUUGCCGCUGUCAUCGGCUCUACUGUCUUGAUCGUCAUCUUCGGUGAGGUCAUUCCUCAGUCGCUAUGCGUUCGAUACGGCCUUCCGAUCGGUGGCUACAUGGCCAAACCUGUCCUCCUACUCAUGUAUUUGACCGCCCCCGUCUCGUACCCGAUUGCAAAGCUUCUCGACAAGCUUCUUGGCGAAGACCAUGGAACAGUCUACAAGAAGAGCGGUCUCAAGACGUUGGUCACCCUACACAAGAACCUCGGCGAUGUUUCAGAACGCCUCAACCAGGAUGAAGUCACCAUCAUCAGUGCGGUACUCGACUUGAAGGAAAAACCGGUCGCCAGUGUCAUGACUCCCAUGGAGGACGUCUUUGUCAUGGCAGAGGACACCGUUCUGGAUGAGAAAACUAUGGAUAUGAUAUUGUCAGCCGGCUACUCGAGAAUCCCCAUCCAUGAAACCGGAAACCCCACCAAUUUUGUCGGCAUGUUGCUCGUCAAGAUCCUCAUCACUUACGACCCCGAAGACUGCAAGAGGGUCAAGGACUUCCCCUUGGCCACUCUUCCCGAGACCCGUCCUGAAACCAGCUGUUUGGAUAUUGUCAACUUCUUCCAAGAGGGCAAGUCCCACAUGGUUCUUGUUUCCGAAUGUCCCGGAGAAGAUCAUGGUGCCAUCGGUGUGGUUACCCUUGAGGACGUUAUCGAGGAAUUGAUUGGAGAGGAAAUCAUUGAUGAAUCGGAUGUCUACAUCGACGUCCACAAGGCCAUUCGCCGGUUGACUCCUGCACCCAAGGCCAGAAUCACACGUCGUGUCUCUGAGGAUGUGCUUGGUAAAACCAUGAGCAGGAGUCAUGAUGAUGCCGCCGGUUCGAGCAAGACAAACGGUGUUGAUAUUCCACCGUCAAAGAUUGUUGAGCCGCUUACCGGUGCGGGCAGCACUGUCUCAGAAGCGGCCCAUCUCAUCAACGAGCGGGAUCCCAAGCAGACUACUUUCAUGAUGCGGAGAAGCUCUACUGGGGUCGAUGGCCAGACGGUGAACACCACGGUCCCGAUUCGCACCAAUCUCGAAGAACUGAGGCAGCACUUGAAACACCUAGGACCCUCCAACCCGGCUAUUAACCCCAAGAGCACUCGCUCAACUACAGUAAAGAUCAAACCUGGGAUUGCGGGACACCUCUCCCAAGCACGUGCUGCAUCAAUUGCCGACUCGAGCGCUGUUGCCGAGACUUCCUACGAAGAUGAUGAAACCACUAGCCUCCUAAGACCUCAACAAUCGACCGCAAAGGACGGUAUCCAAGCUCUGACGCAGAGCUACGGUGGUGUUAGCCCCGCUACCGCACAGCUCAUCUCUCCAGCAGAGAGUGCUGUCACGGCAGUACCUAUUGAUAUGGACAACUCGGGCGGUAAUCAAGAUACAGUCGACAAGUCAACACAGACGCCCACGAGGCAGCAAGUGAAUGCGGCCACGGAUACGGCCAGCGGGCUGUCUGACCAUGGAUCGAACCGCAGUAGCGAUAGUGUCGCCAGCAUUCGCGACAGCGGCCCCUUGCCCCAUAGACGUGGAAUUGUUCGCAGUGGAAGUAUAACGGAGAACAUCAUUGAGACACGAGGUGUCAGGAAGGUGGUUUUGGAAACCAACAGCUCUAACGACGAGGAGGAAUACGCCAUUACUGCAACCUCGCCUGACGACGGCCGUGGCGCCAAGGUGACUGUGUCGAUAGCCACGCCAUCCGCCAGGUCGGAGACAGGUGACGAGACUCAGGGUCUUUUGCCGCUUACGACGGGCGAUGAAGGGCACCAGUCCGGAGAUAAGGAGAGUGAAUCCGCCAAAACUAAUGGUGGCGGACAGAGCAGUAGUCAAGGGAAGAAGAAUAAGAGCAAAAAGAAGAAGCGCAAGGGUGGCAAAUCUUAGGUGGAUGGGCUACUUGAGCUGAUUCCUUCGGAGAAUAUGGAAUAGUGUGAGGUACCUAUAGAAACAAACGAAGAGGGUUUUUCUCAGGAUUAUGUCUGGGGAUAACGAGGACAAUGGGUAUAAGAAAAGGGAAGGAUCAGCGAAAUGGGCCAGGAAACGAAUGAGAAGAGCGAUGCCGGUCAGAUGAAGCAUUAUGUUGUAUUUUUGAGGUACAGACAAUAACUGAGGAUCAGGUUUCUCUUACUCCUUGUCUUUCGUUGGUGUCAGUGGCAUGGAGUUUUAGCAUCAAGCAUGAAUAUUUCGGGCUGUUGCCUCUCACGGUGUUUCGUUUUAGGAUCACAGGUUAUCAGUAUCACGACUAGGUACACACAGUAUCAUCACUUUGGCUUCUCAAUGAUACAUUUCUGGAUGGAAAAACCGGCGGAGUAAAG